GAAGUUUUAACUUGAGAGAGAGAGAGAGAGAGAGAGAGAGAGGUCCAUCAAUGGGUUCACAGCCCCGUGAUUGACUCUCCCUGACAACGACCAAACACACACAGCCAGCAAGCCAGCCACCUACUACGACGUCGUUUCCAUCCUCCUCCUCGCUGCUCUUCAACACUCAUAUUUCUCUCUCUUCAUAAUCGCUAGACACUGCCUGCCUCACAUUCACCUCAAAUCACUUGAAUUCCGGCAUUGACUUCUUGGAGCCCCCCGGCUGAUCAGACUCUGCAAGUCUAUAUUACAUGAGGAGAUUGCAUGAAAUUAGGUGGUGGUGCUGCUGCUGCUGCUAUUGGCAUGUUUAUGUUUACUGAAGCAACUGCUCUUUGGUGGAUAUAGUUUCUUUGUUGGAGAUCCUUACCGAUAGUUGAGAGAGCAGGGUUUUAUUUGGUUGAGAUAAAGUAUUUGGUGCCAUGGGUGUCUCGGGUAAAUGGAUUAAGGCAUUGGUUGGCUUGAAAAAAUCAGAAAAGUCACAAUCUUCAGUGAAAGAUGACAAUAGGACAACUCCUAACAGGUUUAGGCACAGGAGAAAGCAUUCCGUCGAAAUUGAUCCAGAUAGACUUCAACACGAGUUUGAUGCCAAUGCUGCUCCACCAGUUGGACAUACUCAAUUAGAUCCAGAUGCUCCUUCUAGUUCACUUGAAGUACAGAAUGCACAGAGUGAGCAGAAAGUUAGAGAAGAGUGGGCUGCUACAUGCAUCCAGACAGCUUUCCGUGGGUUUCUGGCCAGAAGAGCACUUCGGGCUUUAAAAGGAUUAGUAAGACUUCAAGCCCUUGUCAGAGGCCAUGCUGUGAGGAAGCAAGCUGCAAUAACUCUUCGGUGUAUGCAAGCUUUAGUUAGAGUUCAGGCUCGUGUGAGAGCAAGGCGUGUUCGUCUGGCAUUGGAAGGUGAAUCGACAGAAGAGAGACUACAGCAACAACUUCCAAAUGAGGCUCGUGUCCAAGAGAUAGAAGAAGGAUGGUGUAACAGUGUAGGAUCUGUUCAAGAAAUUCAGGCCAAGUUGUUGAAGCGGCAAGAGGCUGCGGCUAAGCGUGAGAGAGCCAUGGCUUAUGCACUUGCUCAUCAGUGGCAAGCUGGAACAAGACAGCAGUCUGCACCCUCUGGGUUUGAACCAGAUAAAAACAGCUGGGGAUGGAACUGGUUAGAAAGAUGGAUGGCUGUCCGUCCCUGGGAGAACCGCUUUCUGGAUAUCAAUCUUAGGGAUGGAGUAAUGGUACAUGAAAAUGAAUCAACAGAGGGUAAGGAUGGCAGUAGAUCUGGGUCGAAGUCUGCUGGCAAGAAAUCUACUGUGUCAACCGUUCAAUCAAAUGUUUACAGUCAAAAACCUGUACCAUUUCUUUCCGAUGGGUGUGAUUCUUCACCCACCAAGUCAGCAGGCAUGCUAGAGGCAUCCCUCACCCAAUCUGGAAAGCCAGAUGCCAAGCCUUGCUUGGAAGAUUUCACUGAAAGAGGAAACUUGAAACCUGAUGUUGCAUCAAGAUCCCAUAGUAAUCCAAAAGAGAGAACAGCAGGACCGGAUAAACAGGCAAAGAAGCGAUUGUCUCUGCCUAGCAAUGGAGGUCUUAGUGGUCAAACUGCCAAACAUCCAAUUGGAUCAAAUAUCAAAGGUACAGCCAGUUCUCAGAAGCCUGCCAAGGCUAGAUCAAAACCCAGUGGGAAAGGGGACUUGAACUCUUCAAAGUGAGCCCUGCGAGCCGUUGAUUUGCAACUUUAAAGGCCACAUGGAACUAAGUUUCUGCACAUUCCCCGUCUAAGAGGUUUAGUGUUUUAUAUAUGUACAUAUUGACACAUUCUGAGAGGAUGCAACAGCAGCAGUUUCAGGAAUGGAUCAGUUGGUGAUUUUGGAGGAAAUAAGACUGAGUGGGACUGUUGGGUGAUAGUUGUAGUUAGCAGCCUUGUUGUUAGAAGUUUAUUAAUAUUUGGUAUACUAUUCCAGUCUACAAUUUUCAAAGUAGUUGGCUUCGUGAUUUGCCAUUUACUUGGAUAAUAAGGAAAUGGUUGUACUAUUGUUUUGCCAAUAAUGGAACUCUCAGUUGGGGCGAACCACUACCA